AUGUCUCGCUUUCCUGACUUUGCCAAUGCCAUUCCUUGGCAGUGCUUGCCAGUCAUCUUCUUCCAACCCCGUCGAUACUCCAUGAGCGACCCACCAGAGAGCCGCACCGUGGUUGGCAAAUCCAUCGAGGGUCUCAGCGUAGCUGCCGGCAGAGAGAUUGCUGUCACUCAGCAAGCUCAUUGCGAUGAGUCCCGCAGCGACAGAAGGAGGAUCUCUGGUGCUGUUGACGUCAUCGUGCUAGGGGUUGGUAGAGGAGAUACCAGAAAGAUGGCCGAUUCGAGGUCUGAUCCGAGAGCCGACCCGAGAGUCCCAGACUUUCACCAAGAGCUCUUUGGCGACAGCCCUGGGAUCCUUCAACUUGGUGGCGAGGAACUCGGUGGCCCCGGGCCCGACUUCGAGGAAGCUCUCAUGCGCCAGAUUAACUCGCAAGCGCCCUUGAGUGGCGGUGACAACGAUGGUUCUGAAGGCGGCUUCGACUCAGAGGCCUCCAUCCGCCAGAUGGACCCUCACACGCCCUUUGGCCGGCCUGAGACUGUUCGAAAAGAGGCACGGACACGGGCUGAAAACAUCUUCCGCCAUUACAGCCUGCUCAACGCCAUCCUCUGCCGCCAUGAGGCCAAAAUCCAGAAGCGGUGGACUGGCAAGACCAGGUCUCAGCGGCUGGUCAUCUUGCUCGCCGCCUGGCCCUCCAUGGUUGCCUCCCACCGCCCCGACUUCGCGGCUCUCCGACAGCGGAGCAGCACUGGCGGGCCCCGCGCGGAGGGCAAGCACAGAGAGAGCUUCAUGUGGCCAUAUAUCAACCAGGAGGACCUGCUCCAGCCUGCGAACUUGCCCCUGCUGCUCAAUGCCCGUGGCCGCCACGCCCCUGCUGCAUUUGCUGGCGCCGACUUCGAGGCAACGCAUCUCGGCCGCGUCACAAAGAACCUCAAGCCCGUCUUUCUCAACCAACAUGUCAUGGUUCUCCACGGGGCCAACAACGCCGAAGAAUAUGGCAGGCUCCUUUCUUGGGAAGACCACGAGGAUGACUUUGAAUGGUUGCAUACAUCCCAACAGUUCCAUCCAGGCGAAGGGCUGAUGAUCCUUGAAAUCCAGGACCGUCUGCUAGCUUUCCUCGUUGGUUGUUGCAAGCAGAUUCUCCACGAUAUCCCUGCGGAGGAGAUGACAUCAGAUCAAUUCCCCAUCGUGCCGGAGCCACUGCAUGAGAGCAAGAACCCGGGCGGUCUAGACUCCUUGGUCGCCCUAGUCGCAGAAGCGCCAUAUCGAGUUCCUGCGAAGCUGAACAUGGACCGGAUAGUUUCACUACUGGAAGCUCGUGCGUCAGCUGCUGAGGACCACGUCUGGGCUCUCAGGGAAGACCCUGCCUACUUUGUACAGUAUCAAGCUGAAAUGAAGGAGCACAGGCAGGAGUUGAUCAAGGACACUCGCGGCAAUGAUCAUCCAACUCUCAGCCGCGGGCGAAUCGAAACGUUUUGGGCUCGUGUGUCAGGGCACAUGGUCAUUGAAGCAUACGAAAAUCUGGAGUUCUUUUCAAAUCUGGCUGCCAAAGCGAGAGCUCUGCGCGACAUGCAGGCCAUAUACAAAGAUGAGAUCUCUGUGGAGACAAAGACUUUGCCCGACGAAUAUAUGGCAGCUUUGCUCAGGUUUCGCUACUAUUUGAAUCACGUCGUCGGAAGACAUCUCAGCGAACUCAAGGUUGGGGUUUCGGCGUCACCACCUUGGCGAUCCAUGUUUGUUCGAGAAGCCCCCCUGGAUGCAACUACUACCAAGAUGAAAACCAUGCUCAAACCCAUCAAGAAGACAAAAGUACAAACACAGCUACUGUGGCUGUUAAGUACAUUAUGGGACGAUGGCAAUGACCUCUUUCUCGCUCGAUUGCCUUUGGUCCUGGACGAACUGGAGCGACUUCUAGCUACAGAGGCCGAGGCACGAACUCUAGUCUCCUCCCGGAUCGCCAAAGUAGUUGGUGAUCUCUCGAUUAUCUCUGUUUGCUUGGGACAACUUGAGCUGUUCCAGCCGUGGGCGCGAGGAUUUGAAAAUGCGAUGGUGGACAAGGAGGAAGAGAUCAAGACGGAGUAUCAAAAUGAACUCGUUUCCGUGGUCCAAGUAGUCCGCUAUGACCUGAACAAACAGCAUGUUCUGUCUCGAAUAGGUCGACUAAGCGAUCCUGCUGAUCGGCGGUUUUUUUAUCCAUCGGAAAAAAGACGGACACGUGAGACUAUCGACGCCUUGUAUCAAGCAGAACAUCACCUUGACGAGUUUUGGAACGAGGUUGAUUCAGCCACUGGGUCGGACGCACGCACUGGCUGUCAAAACCGGUCUGCAAUUCGCAAGUUCUUUGAUCAACCGCGUACCCUCCGACGGACUAUCGUGUCCACAGACUGGCCCGAGAGCAGCGAGUAUGCCAGUCAAUCACAGGCGAAAGCUCGAAAGAAUGAAGCUCUGGACCCGGCGCUGGCCGUGUUGUACAGACCAAUGUCAAACAUAUACAUUGGCGAGCGCAUCAAUGAACCCUCAUAUGCACCCCCGAAGCAAAAGAUCAAGACCAGCAAGUCGCAAACACCAGCCCCAGCGGAGCCUACAGAACCUACUACAGCACCGGAGCCUGCUUCCAGGACUGAAACCAUCCCCGUUGACGCGCGCUCGCUUAAGGUCUUCCGGGUGCUCUUCCACAACCCAGAAGUUACCUCCUCGCCCGGAGAGGUUCCUUGGACAGACUUCCUGCAUGCCAUGACCUCUGCUGGGCAGUUCACCGUCGAGAAGCUGUAUGGAUCCGCGUGGCAGUUCUCCAGGACGGCCGGGGGCGACCAGAGCCGCAUCCUGUUCCACGAGCCUCAUCCGCACAAGAAAUUGCCUUUCACCAUGGCACGGCGCAUCGGCAGGAGGCUCACGCGGUCUUAUGGAUGGGAGGGGGCUACGUUUGUGCUGAGAGAGAAGUGACUCGGCCAGGUGGUUUCCAUCCCUGCAGGCCACGUUCCCCUCCCCUUCUUCUUGGCCGUUGAUGAGAUAGUGCUUGUGGGGAGACCACAGAAUGAUU